GCCAAAGAGACAAUUUAUAAACACAUGGUCCCUUUACAGUACCCUCCGGCGAAACCAAAAGAGGGGUUUCUAGCCAGUAACUUUACAAAUUUGGAAAUUAAAUCGAUUUUUGCUUUUUCAGAGCCCUUCUGCUCACCGAUCGUACCACAUAUACCCAUACGACAACGACUUUCGAGCAGACGAGGCACCAGUGCGGACGUUGGAGAGGAAGUACCUAUGGGCAUCCCAUAUGCUUCAUCCAUCUACGGUGGUCAACGUAGACGACGUAUGAGCCUGCUUCAAACAUUACGACAGCAGAAUCGUCAGCUAAACGACAGUGGCCUCGACAUUCAUCGUUUACGAACCGACAGCGAAAGCACGAAUCGAGGUAAGCGCCAAUUACGUGGGCCGUACACUGAAAAGAAUAAAAACAAAAAGUAUUAUGAAGAAAAAACUCUUCCAUGUCUGUCAUAUUGUCAGUGUUCCAGUGGAGGACAGGGAGAAACGGAUUUGGGCGCUCAAGAGGAGCAAUUUUUGGAAACGGGCAUGCUACUGAUAUCUGACUAG